UAUGAGUGCCAGAUAUUCUUAUAUGGUAGGUUUUAAAAUCUUUCAUUCCCCAAAUCUUAUUGAAAGUUUUGCUUGCAUCUGAUAUUUAAACCCAGACACACCUACAAAUUACAAAACAUUUCAUUAGGCAUGACUAAACUAUAAUACUGAGUUGUAACCAAUCAGAGCAUUUGUGUGUGUUAGUGAGGUCAGGCAUUUGGUUUACUUAAAUGGAGAGGGCUGCUCUCUCAUUCACACACUGCUAAAAUCCAGGAUCACUCUUCAGUUGAAAACAUUCUUCAAGACGACAACACAGAACCAACAUGCAUAGUAAAGACCAAAUCUGCCAUGAGGACUAUCAGAGAACAGCAGACUGGCUGCUGUCCCAGACACAGCAUAGACCCAAAGUAGCCAUCAUCUGCGGCUCUGGACUGGGAAUGCUGGCAGAUGCGCUCAAAUGCCAAGACUCUUUCAAAUACUCUGACAUCCCUGGCUUUCCUCAGAGCACAGUGAAGGGUCAUGCUGGAAGACUGGUUUUUGGAGAGCUCAAAGGGAAGACCUGCGUGUGCAUGCAGGGCCGCUUCCACAUGUAUGAGGGGCACUCACUAAGCAAGGUCACUUUUCCAGUAAGAGUGUUCAAGCUCCUGGGUGUCGAAACCUUGAUUGUCACUAAUGCUGCAGGGUCAUUAGCGGACACUUAUAACUGUGGUGAUAUUAUGAUCAUACGUGACCACAUUAACUUCCCUGGACUUGCUGGACUGAACCCGCUCAGUGGCCCUAAUGAUGAUAAGUUUGGUCCUCGGUUUCCACCCAUGUCUGGGGUUUAUGACAAAAGCCUACGGAAGAUGGCGUUCGACAUCUGUAAGAGCAUGGGUGUCUCCCAGUAUGUCCAAGAAGGCGUCUACUGCAUGGUGGGAGGACCCAACUUUGAGAGCAUAGCUGAGGCCCGCCUUCUGCACAAACUGGGAGUGGAUGCAGUUGGAAUGAGUACUGCACCAGAAGUGUUGGUCGCCAGUCAUUGUGGCAUGAGGGUCUUCGGUCUCUCCCUCAUCACUAACAAAGUGGUGAAAAGCUAUGAGGACAACGAGUCUGUCAAUCAUGAAGCUGUGCUGGAAGUGAGCAAAAUGCGUUCGGAGACGCUGCAGGCGCUCGUCACAGAGCUCAUCAGCCGUAUGGACAUCAACAACAACACGGCGUGAUGUCAUCAACACUGGAACUGCCAAUCAAAACCUUAUCCAGGAAAAUCUGCAGCUAUACUAUGAUCAUGUUUUUUAUUACUUUAUACUUUUCAAUGCAGUUACAGAGCAUCUGUUUCAAUAACACAUUUUAAAUAUUUAAAUGUUAAGAUUUUACUAUUUGCUGUGAUCAAAAAUAUGAUCUAGUUUGAUGGUGCCAUAACAACAAAUUUAAAACACUGGGCUAUUCCAUAGGUUAUUCGUUAAAUUUUAGUCUUUUUUGUGCUUUUUUGAAUGCUGUAUAUACAUUUGUAUAUUGGUGAUUUCAUAAUAUGAAUCCCACCUUUAUUUGGGGAAUUAUGCAAAAACAAAAUGUAUGCACUGCUGUUCAUUAUACAAAAUAAUAUAACUCCCAGUGUUAAUAUGUUUGUGAUAAAGUUGGGUAUUUGAAUCAUUGUUAUGCUAUGUAUAAUACAUUUUCUAUUUACUGUUCGCGUUGUAAAUGUACAAUUAAAUAUAGACCGUUUUGUA